AUGUCUCACACGCAACCAUCGAGUGAGACACCUUUAUCUCCAAUGUCUCACACGCAACCAUCGAGUGAGACACCUUUAUCUCCAAUGUCUCAACAGCCUAAUUUGACACAUGAGGAGACAAUGAUUGAAUCAGCUGCAUCUCCAAAGUCUCAACAAAAUGAGGAUUACACGCAACCAUCGAGUGAGACGCCUUUAUCUCCAAUGUCUCAACAGCCUAAUUUGACACAUGAGGAGACAAUGAAUGAAUCAGAUGAUGAAACUCCUGCCCUUGAUACUCAAGUAUUCUCUCCUAAUCUGACAAAAGAGGUAUAUGCUCAAUGA